AUGAUACUGCUGGUGCUCUUCCUCAUAUCUACAUUGGGUUACAGUAGCUACUGUCCUCGAGGACAGACCGUCACGCUCAGUAAGGCCGGGUUUUAAAUUUUUUAAAUCUUCGAAUUAUGCCUUUUUAAGCGCUUUAAAUAUAUAAUAAUAAGUAUUUUCAAAACCUUUUUUAAAGUUAGCAUAAUAUAUAAAAUACGGUUACAAACCUACUACAAUAUCAACUUCUUAGAUCCGUACGGCCGCUCCAUUCCUUGCCAUUCAAGUUCAGAAUGCCCUGAGGCGUCUGAAUGUUACAGUAAGAGUGGAUACUGUUGUGAAAGUCUUGCCCCCAAACUCACCGAAUGCCCUCAGGGCAUGGCACCGAUCAAAGUUAGUCAAAACAGAGUACUACAAUGUAAAGUGUCCGAAAAGAACUCCUGUCCAGACGGCUCUGUUUGUGUUCCUGGCUCCACGUCUUCUGUAGCACAUUGUUGUAUGGCUGAUCCUACAGAAGGUUGUGCCGCUGGGUCGAGAGUGUUGAGAGACAGUUCUACUCGAAAACCAUUACUCUGUAAUCCACAGACAUUAAGGCAGGCCGACACUUGUCCUGGGGAAGCCAGUUGUCAGUGGAACUUCGAACUAAAACAAUAUCAAUGUUGCGAACCUGAUGACGGUAAGAUUAGGUAUAAAACAUAAAAAAUAUAAACUAACAUUCAGGAACUUUUAUACCUAAAAGACUAAAAAACCAUUUUCAAAACUAAAAAAUAUUCAGGAUGCCCCAGAAGUCACCGUCCGAUGCUAGACGACCAAUCAGUAGUCAGAAUCUGUGAUCCAGGAAAGAAUGUUCAUUGUCCUCGAGGCGGCAUCUGUUGGUACAACUUCUGGCACGGCAGAUUCCAAUGUUGUCAAGCAAUUGUCGAAAGUAAUAUUAACCUUUAGGUGUAAGAUGUUUUCAGGCUUGUGUCCCAUCAACAUGGUCGCUUUCCUCAGCCCAGAUGGUCCCGUGGCAUGUAAAACAAGUAAAGAAUGUCCUGAAAUGUACUCUUGUGAGAAAGGAAUGUGUUGUGGUCAGCCAGGAACUUGUCCUUUGAGUUUGCACAGUCCAGCCAGAGACGAAAGAGGUUCGGAGAUCAUUUAAAAUUACCUUUUUUCAUUUAUUCUUUAUUUUUUUACAUUUUACUUCAAUUUCUUUGAAGAAGCGAGACUUGACGCACAUCUAAAGCUGAGACAAGUCUUUCUUUUAUUUAUAUUAUAGUUGUCCCUUCGCAAAACAAGUAAUCUUUCAUACUGUAUGUUUACAGGACAUUUGAGGCCAUGUUUCGCCCCCAACUUUGUAGAUUGUCCUGGGGAUUCAUCGUGUGAAGCCUCGAUAUACCCCAUGAUGGUACAACACAAAUGGAAACAACAGUUGUGUUGUGCCAAGAGUGUACUAACUUGUGCAGAAGGUGGUACUCCUUACCCGAGCCACAAAGAUGCGAUGCCUUGUGACAAAAGCAAGAUCGAUGCAUGUCCUGUUGAUACCAAAUGUCAGGCUAGGUAUAAAUUUAAAAUUUACAUUAUCAUCACAGUUCCCUUCUUAAAAGUUUAUAAUACUAUUAUAAAAGCUAAUUAAUUACAGUAAUGUACCAAAAACAUAUAUUUGUUGUCGUACGAAGCGACAGACCAAUCAGCUAUGUCCAGCAGGAUGGGUGUUGGAGAACAACCAGCUGAAGGUAAGGUGCUUGCUUAUACCUAUACUUUUAUGACAUUACUUUUUGAUUAUGGAAUGUUUAGUACAAUAAUUUUAGUACUGCAAGCCCACCAGCCACGACUGUCUAAACAGUUGCUUGAUGUCACCCCAUACCCGACGGUUCUUAUGUUGUUCACCAUUGAUGAGGGCCCAGUCUAGACUAAAACAACUCUCUCUAGUGUCUCUAGAUGGCGACUACACAUGUCCGUUGUUCUUUGUAGGACCAGAGAUUCAGAAUCGGUUGGAGAAAAGAUGUACGGUACCCGGUUCCAGAGGAGACUGUAGUCCGGGCUUCGUAUGUGCGACGUCGCUCGAAGAUGUCAACGUAAAUCUAUGUUGUGGGCCUUCUGAUAACCAGAAGGACGAGUCCAACUUCAGAUGUCCGAAUCCUGGUCAAGUGGAAGUUGUUGAGAAUGGCAGAAACAGAUUCUGUGACGCCUACAGUAACGAUUGCCCUAGGGGGUAAGUGAUAUGAUUGUUAUGAUUGAUACGUUAACAAUUAUCAAUAUUUGUAACAAAAUUACUGUAUCUUCUUAUAGUUAACAACGUUAUUUUCUUACUGUAAGAGUGUAUAUUGCUAUUACAUUUGUUUUACUAUGCAGAUCGACAUGUCAUUCCGCCUUGAACUCUUAUCAGAUGAUGAUAUGUUGUUACUCAUCCCCUUCUGAAACUCCUGUUUGUCCUUCUGACAGUCUUCCUCAACCAUCAGCUGCUGCGUAUGUUCCGUGCGACUUAAACAGAGCCAAUCAGUGCGACAACGGGUAGGUUACUGUACUUCAAAGUUAAUAUAAUGUUACAUACACAAAACAAAAUCUUAUUUACACUGUAAAAUUAUUAUUUGUCGUGAAUGCAAGUUCAGGUACUUGUGUGUACCAUCAGCCAACCAGCCUCAGACAGCUAUAUGUUGUUCUCGUAUCAACCCUAACUCGUAUGUCUGUCCAAACCAGCAGUCGCUAUACCUAGUAAGUUACUGUAGUAGAUACCAAAGCAGAUUUAGGAGAACGGUAGGCCUAGAAUCUGUAGCCUCCAACAAGCCAAUCCUUGUCCCACUGGAUUUACAUGUACUCAAACUGUCAGUAACGUUGGGACAUACGUUUGUUGUUCUCUGCCAUCGACUGCAACAUGUCCACCCAGGUAUACUGUAGUUACUGGAGUUAAUGGAGCUGCGGUAUGUUAAUAGACGUUUUAUUAAAAACGUGCAAACAUAGACUAUAAAACGAACUGGUUACCGUAAGAAUUGUAAUUGAUUACAGUAAGAGAUUCAAUUGACUACAGUAAAAACUUUGUUUAGAUCCAUUGUAACCUCAACAGCCCUAACGACUGUCCAGCAGAGACUCAAUGUCUCGAUUCCCCCAACCAAGCCCAGAAUGCUGUCUGUUGUCGGUCUUCAGAUGCCCCGAGAGUAUGUCCGGUAGGAAUGUCAGCACUUCUGUUACCUAACAACCAAGUAGAGAGGUGCACUGGUCCAGGUAGCGCUUGUCCGGUAAGUUUACAAACAAGCAACAGUAUUACGUUUGCACUUUGGAGAUAAUAGGCUGUGAUUUCAGGUAUCUGGCUAUACUUGUCAACUGUCCAACUACCUAAGUGCUUGGGUAUGUUGUGGUAGAGACCGUGAACAGAUUCUUUGUCCUAAUGGUGAUGUACCUUACUCUCAACAGUUAGGUAAUCCACCUUUUAAAUUUUAAGUACUGUUUCUUUUAAAAUUUCAUUUUCUAAAAUUUAGUUAGUUUAUUUAAAUUACUGUACCUUCCACAGGAUCUCCUUUCCGAUGUACCUUAUACGCGUUUCCAAGCGAGUGUCCGGCCAAUUACCAAUGUCAAGUCUCGAGUCAGGCCAGUGCCAAUGUUUGUUGUCCCAGCAACGUCCAGCCUAAUCCUCCUGGUCCCAAUCCCCCAAAUCCAACACCUGGACCGUACCCACCGUAUGAACCGACCGAACCCACCUUCCGACCGCCAACUCCUGACCUGACAUGCCCGGUGGGGUGGAGUCCGUACGAAGAUUCAGAAGGCGCUUACCACUUCUGUCAACACCCAUUAGAUACUCAAUGCCCGCAGGUAAUUAAAAGUUUUGAAUUUUGAACAUUAUGAUACAAAAUAAGCAAAAAUAAGUCUACAGUAAGCGUUAUACCUAGUGAUUUACGUAAUUUAUUUUGACAACACCAAUUACUGCACUUCAGGGUUUCUCGUGCACACAAUCAUCGGUGUCAGGCGUGUUCGUAUGUUGUAGACUGGCCUCUAACCUGAAGUGCGCCAACACCAACUCCACCCCUUACAUCAUCAACAACGCCCCCCGUCUCUGCAGUCUCUCCUCUGCCCUGCCCAACCCGUGCCCUUACAACUUCUCUUGUCAGUCUUCCAACAUUCCCCAGGUCAACAUCUGCUGUCCUUUGACAUACAUUAAUACGAUUACUCGCCCAAUCCAACAAAUAAGUCCACAAAACAAUGGUCAGUCCAACUACUACACGAACCAGAUCAUGUGUGUUGAUGGCAGUAUACCGGCAUAUGUGGGACAACAGAUGCUGCAGUGUAACUACUUGAACACCCCCGACUGUUGCCCUCCAACCUACACAUGUUCGUUGUCUACUCAACGUGGCAUCAACGUAUGUUGUCAUACUACACAGCUACAGACGAUGCCACUACCGUCUUCACAGUUACGGUAAGCGAAUUAGUUACAGUACGAAAUGAACAGAUCUUUAGCCAGAUUGUCGAGUCGAAAAGAAGGCAGAAGUCCGUGUAGUGAUAACGAGAUAGCUGUAGACGGAGUGGACUGCUUCGACUCCCGAGAAUGUCCUGGCUUGUCUAUGUGUAACAUAAGGUCAAAUGAUGUGAGAGGAGACUGUUGUGUGAAGCCACAAUGUCAAGAUGGAUAUGAUUUGGCUAUGCCGACAGAAAUGUGUCACGAUGACAGUGAAUGUCGAGAAGAUAACAUUUGUCAGCCUUUUGGAGAGAUCAAAGGUAACUUUUGACACAAACUUUUACAAUCUUCCAUUUUAAAUUAAAAAACACAUCUUAUUUUGGGAUCUUCUUAUAAUACAUUACGAACACUAGUAUUUCAAAACUCAUGCCAUUUUAGAUUACAAAGUGUGUUGCAAACCAAAGAAACAACCUCGGUCAGAGUGUAUUGGCAGAGAAACACUACGGCAUGCUGGGAAGAGUGUGUACUGUAGAACAGACACACAAUGUCCUUACGGUUACGAGUGUUCAGAAAAGACCUCUAACAAUCAAUCAAUGUGUUGCAAACUUCAGAAUGUCAAUAACAUCUGUCCGGACAAUCGGUAUGAUGCCAGUUUUGUACCAUUUUGUGCCAAAAGUUUGUAGCUUUUUAAAAAAUAUGAGAAUAAAUAUUAUAGACAAUAAAAUGCAAACUUGUCUUGCCAAAAUGAUUCAAGCUAUUUCAGAAGUCCCUACAAAGACUCCAGAGACCUACCAAUGUCGUGCAAAGAAUCAGAUCCUACCUCGUUAUGUCCAGCCGGCUAUGUCUGUAAAAAAGGACCGAUGGGGGAUGCACAUUGCUGUUCAUUGAUAGCGUUCUGCCCUCCGGGGAAGAUUCCUGAAAUUAACGAAGACACUAAUCAUGCCAAGAAGUAA